UUUUAUAAGCGGGGUAGUGUAAUAUUUAAUAAAUUUGUCUAGAUUAAUUAAACAAAUACUAAAAUAUUAGCCCAAUUACAACGAUGUUUGCGUUGAAAUGCAUCUGGGACGUACGCGAGACAAAGUACAUGCGCAAACUAACCAACAGGCGUGUGGCCAACAUCAACGUAGCCGCCGACGAGCCCAACCUGGACGAUGACCCGGAGCUGGCCCAGUAUGUCCGGAGCAUACCCAACGCCUUGCGCUUAGACCACAUACUACUGCAGGGAUACCUAAUAUUCCCGCAAUUCCUGAACAAAAUCAACAAGUUUGAGGUGCGGAGGGACGACAUAUGGCUGGCCACGUAUCCCAAGUCGGGCACCACUUGGACCGAAGAGAUACUGUCACUCAUUCAUAACGGCGGCGAUAUUGACAAAGUGAAGGACAAACUGUUGCCCAAACGGGUGAAGCACUUGGAGGUCGGCCUACCGGUGGGCCAUAACCGGUGGCUAAAAGCCAAGAAGGGUAGGCGUCUGAUUGCCACUCAUUUGCCCGCCACUCAUAUACCCAAUCAGUUGAAGCAAUUGAAAGCCAAAGUCAUUUACGUGGUUCGCAACCCAAAAGACACUGCCGUCUCAUUCUACCAUCAUCACCGGAUGAGCUCGUUUCUGGGCAACUACAGCGGCUCGUGGGACACGUUCAGCAAGUUGUUUGUCGGCGGGCACCUGGUCUACGGUGAUUGGCUGCAACACGUGGAGGGCUUUUGGCGUUUACACCAGCAAAACCCCUUACAAGUGCUGUUCAUAUCCUACGAGGAGCUCAACACAGACUUACCCAAAAUGAUUGCACUGAUGGCCAACUUUAUGGGCCGUCGACUCACCGACGAGACCAUCGAUAGGAUUGCCAACCAUUGCUCGUUUGAGUCCAUGAAGGACAACAAGAUGGUGAAUCGCGAGAAUUUUACCCUCAGGGGUCUGUUUGAUAUGAAAGAGUCCCGGUUUAUGCGAAAGGGCCAGAUUGGCACCUGGAGGGACACAUUUACCGCAGCCCAGAGUCAGAUGUUUGACGCUAAAUAUGAGGAGAGACUGCACAGUAUGGGCCUUAGCAUAGCCUAUGAUAGCGAGUCCGCCGCUACCCUUAUGGAGUCCACGGGCCGUAUUGUGUCAACUAAUGUGGUUCAACAAAUCCACACAAUUAUUUGA